UAAUCAGAUAACAGUUCAUUUCCAGAAGACGUGAUCCGAGCAACACCUUGUUUCUGAGUGCGUAAAAAUGCAUACCUUGUACUUAUGUUGGUUUUGCCUCAGUUUAUUAAUUCUCCAAUGCUUCUCUUUCCGUACAAACACCAUACCUGGCAGCCAAGGAUUCUGUUACUCCGAUCCGGAGCUAGACAAAAAUUACAAGGAAGUGAUUAAAAGUCCUCGACCUCACGAAUAUCUGAAGCUUGAAGAUCUUCCAGUUACAUGGGAUUGGAGAAACGCUAAUGGCGUGAAUUAUGCCAGCGUUACACGAAACCAACACAUUCCACAAUACUGCGGUUCUUGUUGGGCCAUGGGAACGACCAGUGCACUAUCUGACCGCAUAAAUAUUCAGAGAAAGGGAAAAUGGCCAGUAAAUUAUCUUUCUGUUCAAAACGUCAUUGACUGUGGUAACGCGGGCUCAUGUGAAGGAGGUGCCAUGAUACCUGUAUAUGAAUACGCCAAGAAAGAGGGUAUCCCCGAUGAAACGUGCAACAACUAUCAAGCUAAAGACCAGGAUUGCGAUAAGAAACAUCAAUGUAAAACUUGUACAUUUGCUGGACAUUGUUUUGCUUUAGCGAACUACACAAGAUUUAAAGUCCAGGAAUACGGUCGUGUCAGUGGUCGAAACAAAAUGAAAGCGGAAAUAUACGAACGCGGUCCAAUAGCGUGUGGCAUAAUGGCGACUCAGAAGUUAGACAAGUAUAGGGGUGGGCUGUACUCUGAAUACAAUGUUGAUAUAGGAAUCAAUCACAUUAUUUCUGUUGCCGGGUGGGGCGUGGAUACCAAUGGUGUGGAAUACUGGAUAGUACGCAACUCCUGGGGAAGACCUUGGGGUGAGAAAGGAUGGUUGAGAAUUGUUACUAGCGCAUACAAAAAAGGCCAGGGUAAAAAAUACAAUCUUGGCAUCGAGACAAUGUGCACCUUCGCCGUUCCAACCACUGCUGAAUCAUCUCCAUGAUUUGACACGAAUGACGUCACUGCAAUUAUUCUCAUUAUAACUGUAAUGGAAUAAACGCUUUAGUUUUUUUUAUCAUUUACGUACAACUAUUGUUACUUAAAAAUUAACUAAUUUUGAAAACAACUAUAAAUUUCAAUCGAAAAAACAGUCGUGCGAUUUUUUUUCUUAAUAAAUGUUACUCGGUUCAA